CAGUGUUCAGAGAGCUACCCAGACGAGAACCAUGAAGCUGUGUCUGUUUCUGGCUGCGCUGGUAGCUCUGUCGGCCGCCGCCGAAGACAAGGAGGCUGACCAAGAGAUCCAGGCCAGCGGGUACUCUUCCGUUUUGGCAGGACACGGCAGGAACGGCUUCCGCAGAGGUCGCAGCUUCGGCGGCUACGACAACCGGGCCCUCGGCUACAACGGCAACUACGGCCAGAGCUACAACAGCCGCUCCGGACGUGGUUACGGGCGCAGCUUGAACGGCUACGGAAACUUCGGACUGGGAUAUAACGGAUAUGGUGGCUACUACGGCAACAGUGGCCUCGGCGGCUAUGGUGGAUACGGUCGUUCGUCAGCAGCCUACGGAGGGUACGGACGUCGCCUCGGAGCUUACAAUGGCUACAAUGGGCGCUCCGGGGCCUACGGCGGCUACGGCAGGCGUUCAUCCCCCUACAGCCGGUACGGCGGACGCAACGGAGCGUAUGACGGGUAUUAUUGAAGAAUAUGCCCACGGCAACGGCCUGAAGCCGGUGUGUUGACUAUGCACAAGUGGUGUUCCCGGGACCAUUAUGGCUGUCUCGAUCCUGCGAAUAUCAAGGAUGCGCCACGUCUGAAACCUCCUGUUUAAUGUCGCAGUGUCUGCCGUUAGACGGACCCCGUCGAGUUCCCUCAAUAUUCUCUAUGCUUUCUUUAUCAUGAUUUUGUGUGUUCUGGGCGUGUCAUUCUUUUGACACACUGAAACGCCGGAAACAAGAAUACAUCGUUUGCCAG